AUGCUACGCUCCACGGAGCGCGGCGUUGGCACCUGCACGGACGUGGCGCUGUACGCGAUGCACGCAGGCGGCCGCAUCCUGCCCUUCCCGCGCGACUGGAAGCGCUACGACGCGGCCUGCGGCGCCCGCACCGCGCGGCUGCAGCAUGAGACCAUGUACAAGGAGUUCCUCACCCGGCAGGCCGGCGUGCUGCACAUGCAGCUCCUCAACAGCGAGCACAUGUGGACGGCCGACGAAGCGCAGCAUGCACGCAUCGGGCUGUUUUUGUGCAAGACGCGUUUCUGCGCGAUGCUGGUGCGCGCCCACGUGGCCGAGAAGAAGUGGGGCGCUGACGUCAUCAUGAUGGGCCACUCCUCCAGCGACCCCACGGUGGACUUGCCGCCGGGAGUCAGCCGGGAGCAGGGCGGGGUCCUCCAUGUGAAGGGCAAGUCCGGCCUCAAGCACACGGGGCAGCUGCUGGAGUGCUGGGGGGAGCACCCCGAGUUCCCGACGCUGCACGUGGUGGGGCGCUUCACCCUGGACGAGGUGCGGGCCGUCGUCAACGCCAGCAACGUGGUGGUCUACCCCAAGGUCACGGCGGCCGCCAGCAAGUCUCAGACGCGCCACAUAUCAUUCCAGGACAUACGCAACCUUCAGGCCCGCAUGCCAGUGCACGUCUGUGCCAGCGAGCGAGAAGGGUUUGGCCACUACAUCAACGAGGCGCGGGCGGCCGGGGCCCUCAUCAUCUCCACCAACCACCCCCCCAUGAACGAGCUCGUCACGCCCCGCAGCGGCCUGCUGGUGGACCCCGAGCGCACCUCAUCCUACCCGGAGCAGGCGCUGCGCCGCCACGGGGACAUCAACGCGUUCCUCUCCCCAGCCAUCAUCUGCGACGGCGUGGAGCGCGCGCUGCGGCUGCGGCGCGCCGACCGGGAGGCGCGCAGCGCGGCGGCGCAGCGGGCCUACCUUCGUGAGAAGGCGGAGUUUUACCAGCGGCUGCGGGAGCUGCGGGCCCGGCUGGCGCGGCGGCGGGCGGCGGUGGAGGGGGCCGUGGAGCGGUCGGCGGCGCGGAAGGAGCGAAAGCGGGCGGGCGGGAAAGCGGGCAAGGCAAGCGUGCCCCGCAAGCAGCAGCAGGAAAACGAGGAGGAGGAGCAGCAGCAGCAGGAGCAGCAGCAGCAGCAGCAGCAGCCGCGGCAGCCGCGGCAGCAGCAGCAGCAGCAGCAGAAGCAGCAGCAGAAGCAGCAGCAGAAGCAGCAGCAGAAGCAGAAACAGAAGUAA